AUGGAGCAGGAUCCGGAAGAGCAAGAGCAUUACCAGUCAGUGCUACUGUCGUUUCGCGAGUAUGAAUCCUAUAUGAUGCGUGAAAUUUACCGUCGUAAGAAACAUAUGCAGGCCAUGCCCGUUGAGAUGCAGCGUCGCUUGCCACAAGGGUCCACUUUUCGCAAUCUGCACCACUUUGUCAACGCGACACACCACAAUCAGAUAUUUUUCGAACGCGUAGUGCAGGCACAGUUGAAAAAUGGACCAGCUGUCGAAUUGCCUGAAGUAGUACCGCGAACUCCGUUGCAAAGUCCUCCUCGUCAUUUUUCGAAGCUUAAAAGCACACUACACCAAUUCGUGCGCGAUUGGUCCGACGAGGGAAAGAAAGAGCGAGAGAUGUGCUAUUCACCCAUUAUCAAGGAGUUGUGUCGUGUUCUGUUUGUAGAUAAAGAUAACCCACUUAAUCGUCCUCGUGUGCUGCUGCCUGGAGCAGGUUUGGGACGGCUUGCACUUGAGAUUGCUGCUAAGGGUUACGCAGUCCAGGGUAACGAGUUUUCAUAUCAAAUGCUGUUCGCUAGCAAUUUCAUCCUUAAUUGGGCACCUCAGCCACUGCAAUUUGAAAUACAUCCAUGGAUUCACAAUCCGUCAAAUGCACUAAACUUUUCCAUGUGUGCUGGUGAAUUUUUAGAAGCGUACGCAAAUGAUAAAGAAUGCUGGGACUGCAUUGUGACGUGUUUCUUCAUCGAUGCGGCACCCAACGUGAUCGAGUAUAUCGCCGCAUUCGAGCGUAUGCUAAAGCCUGGCGGCUUCUGGAUUAAUCUAGGGCCACUGCUGUACCAUUGGCAAAACGCAGGUGGUGACGACGACGAUCGCUAUGAACAGUCAAUAGAGCUUUCGUACGAAGAGAUCAAGCACGUCAUGAACACGUACAAUUUCCGCAUUCAAAAGGAGUCGCAACGCGAAUGUUUUUACGCAAACAAUAUUAAAACGUGCAAUUGCUUGGACGAUGCAGCCCCGACCUCAACGAUGGACCGACUGCAGCGCCUUUUCGGCAAUCUUCCGGGGCUCCCGGGUCAAGGAGGUCCCGGAUCUGAUGGUCCACUAGUCGAUACCGCCGAAAAAGUACAUAUCUCAUCGUUAGCGCUGCUUAAAAUGCUCAAGCAUGGCCGCGCUGGUGUUCCAAUGGAAGUGAUGGGUCUCAUGCUAGGUGAAUUUGUGGAUGACUACACGGUCAAUUGUAUCGACGUUUUUGCCAUGCCGCAGAGUGGAACGGGUGUAAGUGUGGAAGCUGUAGAUCCGGUCUUUCAGAUGAAGAUGCUCGAGAUGCUCAAGCAAACAGGAAGGGCAGAAAUGGUUGUUGGCUGGUAUCACUCACACCCAGGAUUUGGCUGCUGGCUCUCCGGCGUAGAUAUCAACACGCAACAAAGUUUUGAAGCUUUGAAUCCACGUGCUGUCGCUGUUGUUGUGGAUCCCAUACAGAGUGUGAAAGGUAAAGUGGUAAUUGACGCUUUUCGCCUCAUCAAUCCGCAGCUCAUGAUGAUGGGGCAAGAGCCACGGCAAACCACUUCAAAUAUCGGCCAUCUGAAUAAACCGUCGAUCCAAGCGCUCAUUCACGGCCUUAACCGUCACUAUUACUCGAUAGCAAUCGACUACCGCAAGAAUGAACUAGAAGAGCAAAUGCUCAUGAAUCUACAUAAAAAUACGUGGAGUGAUGGACUUGUGCUUACCAAAUUUGAAGACCACUCUAAGGAAAACGAAAAGACCGUCAAGAGCAUGCUGGCUCUUACGGAGCAGUAUAACACGCGAGUCCAAGAAGAAGAGGAGAAGACACCGGAAGAACUCGAGGUGCUGAAUGUCGGCAAAUUGGACCCCAAGAAGCAUCUGGAGAAUGACGUGUACGAAAUCAUGGCUCUUAACACAGUGCAGUGUCUUGGUGCUAUGCUCGAUACUAUUGUUUUUUGA